AAACAUAACACAAACACAAAAAUGAUGGUGGUAAAUCAAAUUCAAUGGACACUUCCACAACCACUCAUUCAUCAUCCCCGCCGGGGUCUUGAUUUAUCUUCUCGACGGCGUUCUCAUAACCAAUUCACCUUCUUUUCUUCUAGAAACCAUCACUACUUUUCUGGGUGUAAUUGUGUUAGAAGUAGUAGUAAGAAUAUCGCUGGAAAUGAAAACUCAAAAGGACAAGUUAAAGCAGCUGUUUCUGUUAAUUCUGCUGCAUACCCAUUUGAUGAAAUUGAAAACAAGUGGCAGUUAUAUUGGGAUGAAAAUCGAACUUUUCGUACUCCUGAUAUCCAUGAAAUUGAUACUGAUAAACCUAAAUUCUAUGUUCUUGAUAUGUUCCCUUAUCCCAGUGGAGCUGGUUUACAUGUUGGGCAUCCUCUUGGAUACACAGCCACUGAUAUUCUUGCUAGAUUUAAAAGAAUGCAAGGCUUCAAUGUUCUUCAUCCAAUGGGUUGGGAUGCUUUCGGUUUACCAGCCGAGCAAUACGCCAUACAGACUGGUACUCACCCAAAGACCACCACCAUAAAGAACAUUGACCGAUUUCGAACUCAGCUUAAAUCUUUAGGCUUUUCGUAUGACUGGGAUCGAGAAAUAUCUACAACACAACCUGAAUACUAUAAAUGGACACAAUGGAUCUUUCUACAGCUUCUCAAAAGAGGACUGGCGUAUCAGGCUGAAGUACCAGUCAACUGGUGCCCUGCUCUUGGGACCGUGUUGGCAAAUGAAGAAGUGGUGGAUGGUGUGAGUGAGCGUGGUGGUCAUCCGGUUAUAAGAAAGCCGAUGAAGCAAUGGAUGCUCAAGAUUACAGCAUACGCAGACCGUCUUCUUGAAGAUUUGGAUGCUCUUGAUUGGCCUGAGAGUAUCAAGGAAAUGCAGAGAAAUUGGAUAGGAAAAUCACAAGGGGCAGAAGUGGACUUUUGUGUUUUCAGUAGAGAUGGUCAAGUUACAGAUGACAAAAUCACAAUAUAUACGACAAGGCCAGAUACCAUAUUUGGAGCAACUUAUUUGGUGUUAGCACCAGAGCAUCCGUUAUUGACUUCUGUGGUCUCCGAGGCACAACAAAAUAUUGUGGAAGAAUACAAAGAGGUUUCCUCGAAAAAGAGUGAUCUUGAGCGAACUGAACUACAGAAAGAAAAAUCUGGUGUUUUUAGCGGUUGUUAUGCUAGAAAUCCGGUUAAUGGGGAAGCUAUCCCGAUAUGGGUUGCUGAUUACGUAUUAGGGAGUUAUGGCACAGGAGCAAUAAUGGCUGUCCCUGCACAUGAUUCACGUGACCAUGAGUUUGCGUUAAAGUAUAAUAUCCCAAUACAUUGGGUGGUAAUUUCAGAUGAAUGUACUGAUGAUUUUGAAAAGCCCUAUGCGGGAGAAGGUGAGGUGAUAAACUCAUCAAGUUCAACGACGGGGUUUAACAUAAAUGGGUUACUUAGUAAAGAAGCUGCUGGUAAAGUUAUUGAGUGGGUUGAGAAGACUGGAAAUGGAAAUAGAAAGGUCAACUACAAAUUGAGAGAUUGGCUUUUUGCACGGCAACGUUACUGGGGAGAACCGAUACCUGUUGUAUUUUUAGAUGAUACUGGUGAAACUGUUCCGAUCUCUGAAACAGAACUUCCACUUACCCUCCCCGAGCUUGAUGAUUUCACUCCCACUGGCACAGGGGAUCCCCCACUUUCAAAAGCAAUGUCGUGGGUCAAGACUGUUGAUUCUUCUUCUGGAAAGCCAGCGAGGCGUGAAACAAACACUAUGCCACAAUGGGCUGGUUCUUGCUGGUACUAUCUAAGAUUUAUGGAUCCUAAAAACUCAACGCAGUUGGUUGACAAGAAAAAAGAAAUGUAUUGGGGUCCAGUUGAUGUGUACGUCGGUGGUGCUGAACAUGCUGUUCUUCACUUGCUCUACUCAAGAUUUUGGCACAAGGUUCUCUAUGAUAUUGGUGUCGUGUCAACAAAAGAACCUUUUAAAUGUGUCAUAAACCAAGGAAUCAUCCUCGGAGAAGUCCAAUACAUGGCUUGCAGAGAUCAAGAUGGGAAUUUUGUAUCUGCAGAUUCGGUUGAUGCAUCAGGAGAGCAUAAGCAAGAAAGGAUACCAGAGGAAAACGUUAUUAAAUCUGGUAAUUCAUUCGUGUUGAAAGAUAAUCCUAGUAUCCGGUUGAUUGCUCGGGCACACAAGAUGAGUAAGAGUAGGGGAAAUGUCGUUAAUCCUGAUGAUGUUGUAGCAGAGUACGGUGCAGACUCUCUUAGGCUGUACGAAAUGUUCAUGGGCCCACUAAGGGACUCAAAAACAUGGAAUACCAGUGGCAUUGAAGGUGUUCAUCGGUUUUUAGGGAGAUCUUGGAGAUUGAUUGUUGGUUCACCUUUACCUGAUGGAACAUAUAGAAAUCAAAGUGUGGCAGUUGAUGAAAGCCCUUCUCUGGAACAACUCAAAACUUUACAUAGAUGUAUAGAGAAGGUGACUGAUGAGAUUGAGGCAACACGGUUCAAUACUGGGAUAUCUGCAAUGAUGGAGUUUGUUAAUUCUGCAACAAAGUGGAAUAAACUUCCAAAAUCAAUCGCCGAACCAUUCAUUUUAUUGCUGUCUCCAUAUGCACCACACAUGGCUGAGGAGCUCUGGAUUCGUUUGGGACACUCGACUACAUUGGCUUAUGAGCCUUUCCCCAAGGCAAAUCCUGCUUACUUAAAGGACACCACCAUAACACUGCCAGUUCAGAUCAAUGGUAAAACCAGGGGCACUGUACAAGUCGAAAUAACCUGCACAGAAGAUGAUGCUUUCAAACUGGCUUCACUUGAUCAAAAACUUUCUAAAUAUCUUGAUGGUAAAACUGUUAAGAAAAGAGUUUAUGUUCCUGGAAAGAUUUUGAAUCUCAUUUUGGAACGUGAAAACUCAAAAGUUGGUUCUCGAUAACGUAUUCAGUAAAGGUACAUUUUGGUUA